GUUAGUCAAAACUGGAUAAGAACUCCUGAAUUGGGGGCUGCUCUCCUCUGCGCUUAUCCAUUUAUAGUUUGAUGCUUGGAGCUCCCCCCACCCCCGGGACGGGGACGGGGGCGGCCUUCUGCACGAUUCCUUCCGAUGGACUCGGUCAUCCUGCAAGAACAGUUGGUGGAAAAGCUGCUUUUACCCCGCACUCAAACCCAGCGGAGUCAUUCUGCCAAGCUGAAGUCUGACCCAUGGCUGCUUAUCUCCCCUUCUCAGGACCAUGAGAAGCAGUAUGUGGGCUUUGCCACUUUGCCCAACCAGGUCCAUCGGAAAUCGGUGAAGAAGGGCUUCGAUUUCACCCUCAUGGUGGCAGGAGAAUCUGGUCUGGGCAAAUCAACCCUGGUGAACAGCCUCUUUCUGACAGAUCUCUACAAAGACCGAAAACUUCUCAACGCUGAGGAAAGAAUAAAUCAGACGGUAGAGAUUGUGAAACAUACCGUGGACAUCGAAGAGAAAGGAGUCAAGCUGAAGCUGACAAUAGUUGACACGCCAGGCUUUGGAGAUGCCGUCAACAACUCAGAUUGUUGGAAGCCGAUCACCGACUACAUCGAUCAACAGUUUGAACAAUACUUCCGGGAUGAGAGUGGACUCAACCGGAAGAACAUCCAAGACAAUCGGGUUCAUUGUUGCCUCUAUUUUAUCUCGCCGUUUGGACACGGGUUAAGGCCGGUUGAUGUGGAAUUCAUGAAGGCGCUCCAUGAAAAAGUCAAUAUUGUCCCCCUCAUUGCGAAAGCCGACUGCCUCGUUCCCUCCGAGAUCAAGAAGCUAAAAGAACGGAUCCGGGAAGAGAUCGAUAAGUUUGGAAUUAAAGUUUACCAGUUUCCCGAAUGCGACUCUGAUGAAGAUGAGGAUUUCAAGCAGCAAGACAGAGAACUGAAGGAGAGUGCGCCCUUUGCCGUCAUUGGUAGCAACACAGUGGUCGAAGCCAAAGGGCAGAGGGUCCGAGGAAGACUCUACCCUUGGGGCAUUGUGGAAGUGGAGAACCAAGCACACUGUGACUUUGUGAAGCUACGAAACAUGCUGAUCCGAACUCACAUGCAUGACCUGAAAGACGUGACUUGUGACGUUCAUUAUGAGAACUAUCGAGCGCAGUGCAUCCAACAGAUGACCAGCAAACUGACUCAGGACAACCGAAUCGAAAGCCCAAUUCCCAUCUUGCCGCUUCCAACCCCAGAUGCUGAAACAGAGAAGCUCAUCAAGAUGAAGGACGAAGAGCUGAGAAGAAUGCAGGAGAUGCUACAGAAAAUGCAACAGCAAAUUCAAGAGCAAUGAGAAGGACGAAGAGAGCAACGGAGGGAUGUGUGUGUGUGUACACGUGUGCGCACGCACGCACCCUGGGCUCCAUCCUGCCGAGGAAACCGCUUCAGGAAACUCUUUUUUUUUUCCUACGAUCCAAACGAGCAAAAAGGGGCGUGUGAGCGAGAGGCCCCCAACCCAUCUUCUCCCUCCAAGGUUGAUGAACUGUCUUGCAAGAUGUCCUCAAGGCGGGAAAAGGGUCCCCCCCCCACCCCUCGGUUCUCCGACAGCAUUCUACUAUUUAAACGAAAAUUUCGGGAUGGGAGGGGGCGUGGCGUCUGAAGUGUGAGGACUCUAUGAACGUGCGCGUUAAAUGUUUACGACUAACCACGGUGCUGUGAUUUUCCUCCUCCUCCUCCUCCUCCUCACUUUCUCCUUCUUUCAUCCCCACUCUUUCUUAACACCUGCCUUUUUUUGGGGGGGGGGAGCAAUGACAUUCUUAUGCAUAUCUGAACAAACCGUUUGUGGGAUUUCCUGGGCAGAUUUGAUUUGGCUCGGAAAAUAACUUUUGGUUCUUUCCCCAUUGCCUGUUUUGAGAGAAUAAGGAGCAGAAAAUUGGCUGUGUCAGGGUGGGGUGGGGGGAAUAGGGUUUGGAUGGAGGUCUUGGUUCCUGGUUGGUCCUCUAUCUGGUUCUACUCUCUUGAGAAACGCAAGGCCUUUCUGGGCAGGCGGGCAGGGGUGGACUAAAUUUUUGUGGCUCAGAAUCAGUGGUGGCAUUCAAAUGUUUUUUUUCCCUACCAGUUCUGUGGGUGUGGCUUGGUUAUGGGGGAUGUCUUGUGACUGAGUGGGCGUGGCCAACUCGAUGUCACUCACAGCCACACCCACUCAGUCACAUGACACCCCACCCACUAAGCCAUGCCCACGGAACCCGGUAGGGAAAAAAAACAUGCGUAUGAGCACGAGAAGGGCUCAGAGUGAAUGCUAUGAGAACUGAAUUUGUCUCGCUCCAUUCACAGCAGACCUGUUGCAGCCUAUCCCUUUAAGGUAGUCCCCGGGAGGGAGGGGGCCGGGGGGGAGGACCAUAAAGGGAGCAGCAGCUCCACUGUAAAUGGAGGGUGAAAAGUCUCACCCCAUAGGGCGAGGUGGGUGGGCAUGUCGAGCGACUGGAAGGGGCGAGCAAGCAGCCGCAAGGGAUGAGCAGCGAGUGGGUGACCGGGCGGGGCCAACCAAGGGUGGCCCCUCCCACACCCUGCUUUUUUACCAGUUUGGCGAACCGAUUCAAAUCGUCCCGAUCGGUUCGCCUGAGCCGGUCUGAGCUGGUCAAAUUUCACCCUUGGUCAGAAUGCAAAAUUUUGGGAGUUUUUUCUUUAGGUGGCCUAUCUCUCCAUAAUUGGCUGAUUUUUUCCAAUGAACCAAGCUUUGCGUCUGUGUUUUGAGAUUCUGCCUCGUCUUUGCCCGUAAAUCUAUAUUUCCCUUCUUGCCUAACACAGAUAAAAAAACCAGGACCCACCGAUAAAGAUCUAUAUUGAUUCUAAAGUCGCUUGGUAGAUUCUUUGUAGGACGUCCCAAUUCCCACUGAGCAGGAACGAAACUUUGAGCCAAAAGUUUUUUUUUUUUGGGGGGGGGGGGCUCCCUUGGAGUUCAGUCAUUUUUUUUCCCUUUCAAUGCAAAAAUAUUCCCUUUUUGAGAAGCUUGGUUUGUUGGGGCAUCGUGGGUUUUGUAGUCUCCCACCCCCCCUCCGCAAAAAUAAUUUUUGGACGAAGCCUAAAUUAAGUGAAAAGAAAUAGCGAGGAUGAGGAAUACAAAGAGAAAAACACGAAAAGAAACCCAGUGAGCCAAAGAAAGGGGAAAAACAGAAACAGUAACUUCUCCAUCACCCCAGCAGGUAGAAAGUUUAAAUGAAUUCAUAGCUUGUCAGCAUCUCAAAUACAACCUGCCCUCUCUCCUUCACCCCCUUAAAUUCAUCUCUUAAGAAAUAAACAAGAAAGAAACCGAGUACGGAAAAGAAA